AUAAUCUAACCUACAUUUUAAUUAAUAACAUUGCAACAUUGACGUUUCUUUCGCAUGCGCAGAUUGUACGGAGUUUAGCCCUUUUAUCUCAACGUCUCUAUCUGUGGCAACUUCCGCCUACAAAAAUUCUUACCCCCUCUACCAUUAUAUUCCCUCCAUUAGUUUUCUAACUCAAUGAUAUUAUUAUACCACAGUCAAUAAGUACCAAAUAGGUGACAGCACUAAUCCUCUUCAUGACCUUCCCUCUCUUCCAUUUGGACUCUUUUCCUCUCAGGGUAUACACUAAAACUGUAAUGGCAACGCUGCCAAGGGUGUAGAAGUCUCAAGAAUGGAAUUAUAUAAAAUACCCAAUAACUUAAGUUUACAAGGAAAUCUAGCGGAAAACUGGAGAAAGUUUAAACAAAGUUUUAAAAUUUUUAUGAAGGCAACCGGGAAAGAUGCUAAAGAUGGUGAAACGAAAGUGGCUAUAUUCUUAAAUAUCAUCGGAGAAGAGGCCGUAGAAGUUUUUAAUACAAUGUUUAUAAGUGACGAUGACCGCAAGGACAUCGACAAAGUUAUCGAAGCAUUCGAGGGUUAUUGCUUGCCGAAAACAAAUGUGGUGUAUGAACGUUUCGUUUUUCAUAAAAGAAAUCAAUGUGAAGGUGAAAGUUUUGAGCAAUUCCUAACUGAUUUAACGAAAUUAGCAAGUACCUGUGAUUUUAAAACCCUUAAUGAAGAAAUGAUACGCGAUCGUGUUGUUUUGGGAGUGCAAGAUUUAAAUUUACAAGAAAAGUUGUUGCGAACCGAGGGCUUGACGUUACAGAAAACUGUUGAAAUAUGCAAAGCAUUCGAAAUAACAAAGGAGCAAAUGAAGCAAAUCAAGGACCCACAACUGCGAAGUGUAAAUAAAAUUGCAAACAAGAAGCCAAUGGAGAAAACGGGUAACACCUCAAAUCAAAGUUCGAAUCGCAAAGAAGAAUUUAAAUGUAAAAGAUGUCAAAGAACUCAUGGACCAAGGGAGUGUCCCGCAUACGGAGUUCGCUGCAGGCUUUGCGGAAAUCUUAAUCAUUUUGCUGUGAGUUGUAGGGUAACCAGUCAGAAAAAUGUCAGGCAACUAGAUGUACGAGAAAAUUUCGAAGACGACGAGGAACUUGCCGUAUUAAGUACGAUUGAAACAAGAAACGUACACGAAAUUUCAUGGAAUGAAAAUGUCAAGGUCGAAGAUAAAUAUGUACGAUUUAAAUUAGAUAGUGGAGCGUGGAGCCCAGGUAAACAUACUUCCGGAACGGAUUUUCAAACAAAUCAAUCACCAGGUGGAUCUUAGACGUACCGGCUUAAUAUU